AUGCCUACUGUCAAGGCGCUCGGUCCACAGGUCGGGGCCACCGGUGCACGCUUCUACACAGGGGCGCAGCAGGGGUACAACGCGAGCGCGCAGUUUCCAAAGCGCUACGUCAACUUCACAGCUUUUGUGGCGGAGCACGGCAGCGGCAGUAACCCGCAGCGGCCGGGCUACCGGGUCGCGGCUGUGCGCGUGACUAACGGCGCCGGCACUUCGCUCUCCCACAUCAACUUCGCCAGCGGCUGGCUGAUUAAUGGCGUGCCCUGGGGGAGGCCAGUGGAUGUGCAGCCACUGCUGGAUGGCUCGCUGCUCAUCUCAGACGACCUUGCCGGUGCAGUGUACCGCGUGACUUACAACAAGGGGAGUGUGCCAGAUGGCGCAUGA